UCGCGCCCGCCCGCUCACUCGAUCAGUCAGUCGCGCGUCGGUUUGUGGCAGCCGUAUACCUAACUUGGAUACUUCUAGUAAUUAAUAUAAAAAUCAGAACAAUCAUGAGCUCCAAUGAAAAUAACAGUGAAGUGGCAGUAGACAAGGUCGGAGAUGAGAAGUCCGGGGAGACGAAACGUGACCUAAAAGGAGCCAAAAGGGCAGCAGAGGAGAAAACUGUGGAGGCGAAAAAGGCGCGAAAGGAAGAAAAUGGCGGCGGUGGAGAAGAAGAGGGGCAUAGUGAAGAGGAAGACUUUGAUGUAUUCGUAGCGGAGGGCGACGGGGAAGAAGAAGACGAUGAAGAAGUUGAGGGCGAAGAACCUGACUGCGAUGAACCUGACGAAGAUGAUGAAGAAAUAGAGGAGGGUGAUGAUGACGAUCUCGAAGAUGAUGAAGUGGAAGAGGAAUUAUUAGGGGAGGAAGAGGAGGAUGACGCGUAAUACGCCUCGUGCUCUUUAUAAGGACAAUGUCACAGUGAAGUUAUAUAGUGUAUGUGACGCCCUGGACUGGCGCGGCCCCGCUUCGCCUCAACUGACAGCAGCGACCGAAAACCCAACACGCAGCCAGUUGGGAACACGCGUGGCCGACAUCACUCCCAAUUAACACGGGUGCACUUAUAUUUGAAUGACAAAUAAAAAAAAAACUCAAUUAAGUCUAAUUCAAUGCAGAAUCAAUUUUUUUUAAUAUAAUUUAAGUUCGGUACUCUAAAGCUGUAUGAAUUUCUCACGGUUCGCUGCAACAAAUAAUUAAUUAAGACUUAGUAGAAUACUGUUGAAUUUUUGUCAUGAAAUGUACAAAUGUGUUUUGGAAAGUAAACUUUAUUUCUAAGUGAAAUUCACUCUGUAUUUAGGUUAACCUGUAAGCCCAAAUGGUAAAGUUGUGAUAUUUUUCUAUACACAGUAGCAUAAAUAAAUAUUCGCAUGUAAUUGAUACAUAUAAAUAACCCGACACGGCUAUAAUGAUAUAAUAAUAUAGACAGUAAGCGAUUAAGUCACAAAGCUCAAUUCCAUUCUUCAUUUUCUGUUGUCGAUGAGAGUUUGUGUGUACAUAUUUUAGUAUAAGGGAAGCCUGAGUUUUUUAACCAGUUAAUGUAAAAAUAGUGUGGUUAUUGCAUUCAAGAAAACUGUUAUUUAAAUAAAUGGAAACUUUGUUGUGUUUUCUAAACCUUAGUUUCUUCAUCGACUCUUUAAACUCCAUUCUUAUAGUGAAAUCGUUGCUAUGGUAUUCGAUGACUUAAAAAGCUGUGGACAGUUGCGUGCAUUUAAGUUUGUUGCUGGAGUGUACCGCCUUCGUAGCGGCUUACGUAUGUGUUGCAAAUAUUAGAAAAACAUCACAAUUUUGCCAUUAUCUCUAGACUAGCACAUCGCGUCAACCGCCCGCUCCCUGCGACUGAUAAAGAGAGCGCGACGCGGUCGCCGUGGCGCGAUAGCGACGCUGACACCUAAAACCUGCCUGUAAUUUGUCCAUAACAUUGAUAAUUUAGGAUAGCUGCUACAGUUCCGUUUUCCAUUGUUUGAGGUAUGGAAUAAGAGAUUCGUAGGUUAAAGAAUUAGUGUGUACGCUGGCACCUACGUUGUGGUGAUUUUCGAGGAAGGGACGCUCGAAGCCGGCGUGGCGAGGCCGGCAGGGAGGGAGAGUGGCGUCGGUCCCGCGUGGCCUCGUUCGAUUUGCCGCGCUCCCCCCGGCCCCGCUACGCCGCGCGUCCACGCGCCCGGCCCGCACCAAGCUACGGCAACGCGCCGUCGUGUGCGGAGCGACAACCGGCGCGCGCUGUACAUCGCUGGCUAGGCUGCCGCCCGCCGGGGUGAGCGGCGAUGUAUCACGCGCGCAUCCGACCCGUCCCAGAUCGGGGUUCUCACCGCCGCCGGCCGAUUCAAUAAAAUACAAAUCUUGAAUGACUAUAUUUUUUACUUUACAAGUACACGCGGCGGCGAAGCUCUCGUUCGAGACCGGCGGAGCGAUUAGGACGAGCAUUUAGAAAAUUGUCAUCUAUACUAAAUACCUGACCUUAAUUUAAUUAGGAUUGACAUUGAAAUAAAUUUGAAUUAAAUGGAUCACCACAUUUGAUUAUAGUUUGUCACUUCGUUUUUUACGGUAGAAAUGAGCUGUCGCAUAUUAUGUACUGUGUACGACUUAUGUGAAUACCUUAGUACGAUUUUUAUUUAUUUGUGAUGUUGAACACAAUUGAUUUUCUACGAUGGACGAAAUGUAAAUACAACCGAUUUUAAGUAAAACGUUAUUUUGUUU